AUGCCCCGUUUCCCCCCCCCCUUCCCCCCCCAAAUCGCCAAUUUCUGCCACCAGCUGCCUGGGUUUCGCUUGGCGGCGGUUCAGGAUGCGAAGGUGCAGGCCCAAAACCGGGAGCCGGGGUGGCUGUGCUGGGAGACGCCGGCUCCGAGCGGCCUCAAGGACAGGGGACGUGGCCAGCAGCCAGGACCAGCUCUCCAGACCUACAGCACCAGCCCGUGCUGCCACUGCUGUGGCCUGGCUGUGGGGAAGGGCAGGAGACACGCGUUGUCCCUGGUGGGAGCCCAGGUCACCUCCGAGACCAAAGAAGUGCCUGAAAACAAGCCCGCCGACAUCCCCUGCUCGGCGUAUCGGUCUGGCUGGAACAACCCCCGCAUCGAGUGGAAGUUCCAGAAGGGCUCCUCGCUGGUCCUCUUCUACUACGGGGGAGAGCUGACAGAGCCAUACAAGAACCGGGUCCGGUUCUCGCCCACCACCAUCCACUUCAGCAUGGUGACGCGGGAGGACACGGGGAAGUACAUCUGCGAGGUGGUGGGGGACAGCAGCCAGAUCGCCAAGUCGGAGGUGAACCUCAUCGUCCAAGUGCCCCCCUCCAAGCCGGUGGCCCAUGUCCCCACCUCGGCCACCAUCGGCAGCAAGGCCGUGCUGCGAUGCACCGAGACAGACGGCUCGCCGCCCCCUACCUUCCGCUGGUACAAGAACGGCAUGCUGAUGCCCCCCGACCCCAAAACCAGCCUGACCUUCAGAAACUCCUCCUACACCCUGGACCCUGCCACGGGGGAGCUGAUCUUCGAGCCCCUGAGUGGCUUCGACACCGGCGACUACUACUGCGAGGCGAUGAACAACGUGGGCUCCCCCCAGAAAUCGGACGUUAUCCACAUGGAAGCCAGUGAAGUCAACGUGGGUGGCAUCGUGGCCGCGGUCGUGGUGCUGCUGAUGGUGCUGGCGCUCGUGGGCUUCGGCAUCUGGUUUGCCUACAGCCGGGGCUUCUUCAAGAGAAAAGACACCGCCAGCAAGAAGGUGAUUUACAGCCAGCCCUCGCACCGCAGUGAAGGAGAGUUCAAGCAGACGUCCUCCUUCCUGGUGUGA